AUGUCUUGUGUAAAUCUGUCAAGGCCGGAAUGCGGACUGCCGAGUCUGAAACAAGGGCUUUAUGGCUCGCAGGUGCAGCAUAAUCCGGCGGCGCCGCCAACGGCGGCUCGCGACGUGUACGGCCGCAGCGACCAGGUGCCGGAGCUGUCGUCUCUGGACUCGAUGCUGGUGUUCAACGUGUCGCUGGUGGCGGCGGCGUUUUCUGCGGGCGGCGAGGAAGUGCGGGCGGCGCAGCUGCUGCUGCACGGCGGCCGCUGCUGGCCGGCAGAGCAGGGCAACCACAACCACAACCACCACCAGCACCACCACCACAGCCACCACCGCGAGCACCAACACGGCCAGCCCGCGCUGCCGCCGCUUGCGCUGGCGCCACCCUGCCGCGCCAGGCUAUAUCGCUUACACACGGCGGAGCCAGGCGGGGCCCGGCGGCGGAGGCGCCCGCUGUCUCUGCUGUCGACGCUGCCGCUGGCGCCGCCGCGCGCCGGCUGGACGUCUCUGGAGGUGUCGGCGCCGCUGCGCGAGCUGCUGCUGGUGGCGGGCCGCGCGCUCGCCGUGCGCUUCGAGGCGCCGGGCGGCCGCCCCAUCCCGCCGCGCGCCUUCCUACAGCCCGACGACCGCGCCGCCUUCCUCGUCGUCUUCUCCGACGACGUCGCGGACGAGAACCGCGUCGAAGACGGCGGCGCCGACGGCGACGGCGUCGGCGGUCGCGACGGCAGCGGCGGUCGGCAGGCGGCCGAGGCGGACGCCGAGGAUUUCAGGCCGAGGCACACCCACGAAAUGGUGGAGAUGCUGCACGCAGCGGGUGCUGAUGUCUUCCAGUCGUCCAUCAGGGUCGCCAACAGCAGUGCCAGCACCGGUUCCAGCCCCGGCGAGCAGACGACGGCGCCGCCCUCCUGGACAAGGCACACCAGACACCGGCUCAUGCUGGAGAGCAACGCGCUCGAGCCAGACCCGGAGCCACAGCACUGGAGGCACCAGGGCUCCAGGCUGUUGGUGAAGCGCUCCAUCGAGGACAACGAGCUGCCGGAGUCCGAGGCGGAGGACCCCGAGGCGGCCGGCCCGCGCCUGUCGCCCGACCUGCUGCUGCACGCCAGGGGCUCCGCCGCGCACCACGGCCGCGACGCUGCAGAUGCAAACGGAGACAUUAUACCGCUACCUGGAGGCGGCCACGGCAGCGGAAGGAGGGGCCGAGGCGGAGGCGGGGGCGGCGGAGGCGGUGGAGGCGGGAAGCGGCGGCGGGGGCGCGGCAGGAAGCACGGCCGCAAGGCGCGCAGGAGGCUGCAACAGCAACAGGUGCGGCUGCAGCUGCAGGAGGCGGACUGGACGGACAACGUGGCGGGCAGCGAUUUGUCGGCCGUAGCGAGCAACAGCACCGCCACUUGCCGCCGCCACCGCAUGGCAGUCAACUUCGCCGACAUCGGCUGGGCAGACUGGAUCAUCGCUCCAGAGGCCUUUGACGCCUACUUCUGCGCCGGGCGGUGUCCCUUUCCGCUGCCCAACAGCCUGGGCUGGACGAACCACGCGUUCCUGCAGUCGCUGGUGCGGUCGCUGGGACAGGACGAGGUGCCGGCGCCGUGCUGCGCGCCCUCUGCCCUGUCGGACCUGACGCUGCUCUACAACGACAACUCGGUGGUGGUGCUGCGUCGCUUCCCCAAGAUGACGGUGCUCUCCUGCUCCUGCCAGUAGCCUGCCCGCAUGACAAGCUGAUGUAGAGGUGGCAGGGGCAGCGACUAUGAGAGCUGUGCAGGGUCGUCUGCCCUGCUGUAUACUGCUGCAGCGUUCACAGUUUCACCUGGAGUGUGUGGGCCACAUCAGCAGACUGGGGAUAACUGUCUGAUGCGGGCAUGUGCUCGAAUAAACACGAUUUAUGUGGACUGUUCCCUCGUUCUAGACUACCCGAUAUAGGAUUUGGUAGCUGAAAAAAAAAAAAAAAGCAAACAGUAUCCAAAGUCAUUGUGUUCCGGUGGACUGCU